AUGAUUCCAUCAAAGAACUCUGGAAAUCAACUAACAAUCACACUAAUAUUCAUGCAAUAUGACAUAUAUAAUUCAACAAAGGAAGUUCUUAAGGAUUUUCAUUCUGGACAAGAAGACAAGCUUCAGCACCGCUUAAUUUGUCAAGGUUCAUUUUUCUCGAAUGUUGCUAAGUUUUCCCUUUCACAGUUAAACACACUUUGGUCUGCCGCUCAAUCAAAACUGCCAAAGAAAUUUUUCAACUUCACCGUCCGUUACAUAAAUAGCUCUCUUCCUACGCGAAAAAAUCUUACAAGAUGGGAUUUAGCUUCAAGUCCCGAAUGUUCUUUUUGCUUGUGUCCUGAAACCCUACUACACGUUGUAGCCGGUUGCCAAUCGUACCUUCAGCGCUUUACUUGGAGACAUGAUUCUAUUUUAAACUUUCUUGCUGAAACGUUUCAAGCAAUAAAUCCAUGUCGACUUUAUGCUGACCUACCUGGCUACAAAAGCCCGUCAAUUAUAACUGGUGACAUAUAUCGACCGGACUUACUCCUAAUUACUCCAAAUGAAGAUCUUUAUGUCGUUGAAAUUACUGUCGGGUUUGAAUCUAACCUACAUAAUAAUGUUAAACGCAAAAAAGCUAAAUAUAAAGACCUAAUUGAAGAUCAAAGGGGUCACUUUAGUUCUGUUAAAUUAGUAAACUUUAUCAAUGAGCUCUCUCGGUGUGUUUGA